AUGGAGGAGCACGAGUACGAGCCGGAGGAGGCGGAAAGGGCGGCUGUGGGGGAGGAGGACGGGCUUGACAUGUCGGACUUCGAGGAUCUUCUUCUGGACCACCUCAAGACCACCGAGUACCCGCCCGGGGAGUUUGUCUUCAGGGAGGGAGACGCGCCCGAUGGUGGUCUGUACUUCAUUGUCGAAGGGCGUGUGGACGUGCUCGUCAACAGCGCGGGCUGA